AUGAGUGAUUCCGAACAUGCGGUUCAAGAACCUGUAACCCUCACCAAACAUCACAUCGCGGCGCGACAGGUUCUGGGCAAGGAACUGCCGAUGUUUAGUGGCGACCCCGAAGACUGGCCCAUUUUCAUCAGUAGCUUUGAGCAAUCAACGAUCGCUUGCGGUUACACAGAGGCAGAAAACCUCAUCCGAUUGCAGAGAUGUCUACGUGGCCGAGCUCUAGAAACUGUCAAGAGUCGUCUACUUUUACCUGCAGGGGUGCCCCACGUCAUACGGACUUUACGCACGCUCUAUGGAAGACCAGAACUGCUGAUCCACUCGCUCCUUGACAAGAUUCAUCAAGCGUUGGCACCUAGACAAGAUCGACUCGAUACCCUAAUAGAUUUUGGUAUUUCGGUGCAGAACCUUGUGGACCAUCUCGUGGCAGCCGACCAACGGGACCACUUAUCGAAUCCGGUUUUAAUGCGGGAACUAGUGGAAAAGUUGCCGGGUUCGAUCCGCCUGGAUUGGGCUGCGUAUAAGUCUCGUUUUCAGACGGUAAAUCUGGAAACAUUCGGAAAUUUCAUGUCCAACCUGGUCACCGCAGCGAGUGAAGUUACCUACGAUCUCCCGGGUGGCAACAGCUCGUACAGAAUGGAAAAGCGGAAACAAAAGGAAUCGGGGUCAUUCCAUACGCAUACCCCCGGUGUAUGCAAUUCUUCUUCCAUUUCACCACAUAAACCAGGUAAGCCUUGCGCAUCUUGCGGACGGGAUGGCCAUCGUGUAGCAGACUGUCCACAGUUCAAGUUGGCCGACAUGGAUGAUCGGUGGAAGCUUGUUAACGAGAAAGGACUGUGUCGAACAUGCCUCAACAAUCAUGGGAAAUGGCCAUUUCUCUUCGGGAACCGAGGUUCCCAGGUUGUGUUCGCAUUCAUCGACGAAGGUUCCUCGUAUACCCUCUUGGAAGAUUCUAUCGCCGACAAGAUUGACGUGUCGGGACCCAAGGAAGCACUCACCCUUCAUUGGACAGGGGACGUUAAACGUACCGAACACCAAUCGAGGAUCGUUCAAGCGGAGAUUAGCGGGAAAAGGGGUUCUUCCAAGUACAAACUGGUACACGCCCGGACAGUUAGUAGUUUAAUGCUUCCCUGUCAAACUCUUAAAUACUGUGAACUCGCCCGAAGAUUUCCACAUCUACGCGACCUUCCGGUGGAGGAUUACGAGCUAGUUCAACCAAAGCUUCUGAUUGGGCUGGACAAUCUCAGAUUAGGCAUUCCUCUGAAACUCCGCGAAGGGGGGCAAAACGAACCAGUUGGCGCCAAAUGUCGCUUGGGAUGGACUAUCUAUGGCUGUGUUCCCGAUCAAACAACUCUUCGAGGUAUCGUCAAUUUCCAUGCUGCUGCGGCGCCCACCCACGAAGACGAAAUGAACGAGCAACUGCGUGACUACUUCGCGCUGGACAAUACUGGAGUUACAGCUUCAAACUACAAGCUAGAAUCCGAAGACGACAAACGUGCGAAUCGAAUCUUGACAGAAACUACAAAGCGGACAGAAGACGGGAUCCGGUUUGAAACUGGGCUGUUAUGGAAGGUGGACAACCCAGACUUCCCCGACAGCUAUCCAAUGGCGGUCCGACGAUUGGAAUCUCUGGAAAGAAGAUUGCAGAAAACUCCACUUUUGGCCGAAAAAGUGAAACAUCAGAUUGCAGACUACGAGCGCAAAGGCUAUGCGCACAAGGCAACUCUCGUUGAGCUGACUUCGGUGGACACAAGCCGCAUCUGGUAUUUGCCCUUAGGAGUGGUAACCAGCCCCAAAAAACCCGAAAAGGUCCGGCUGAUCUGGGAUGCGGCUGCAAAGGUGGGCGAGACGUCAUUCAACUCCAAACUUUUAACUGGACCCGAUCUGCUAACUCCACUGCCGAAGGUCCUGUGCCAGUUCCGCCAGUUUCCAGUUGCCGUCAGCGGAGAUCUGAUGGAAAUGUUUCACCAGAUAAGAAUUCGGUUUCCCGAUUGCCAGUCACAAAGGUUUGUAUUCCGCAAUAGCCCCAGUGAUUAUCCACGAGUUUACGUCAUGGACGUGGCCACGUUCGGGUCGUCUUGCUCUCCUGCUUCGGCCCAAUACGUGAAGAACCAGAACGCACAUGAUUUCUCGAAAGAGUUUCCCCGUGCUGCCGAAGCUAUAAUCAAAAAGCACUACGUGGAAGACUAUUUGGACAGUUUUAGGACCAUCGAAGAGGCGAUAGAUGUAGUGAAUGAGGUGAAGAUGGUGCAUUCGAAAGGCGGUUUCACUCUGCGACACUUCCUGUCUAACAAGUUGGAGGUUUUACGUGGUAUCGAAGAGACCGCGCAAGAAGAGUGCAAGGAUUUAUCGCUGGAACGAGGAGAGCACUCCGAAUCGGUUCUGGGGAUGAAGUGGCUUCCAAUCGAAGACGUAUUCACCUAUUCCGUAGUGAUGCGAGAGGAUAUUCGGCAUAUUCUGGAACCACGUCAUAUCCCUACAAAACGCGAAGUUCUCAAAGUCGUCAUGACGCUGUUCGAUCCUUUGGGACUGAUCUCAUUCUUUCUCGUCCACGGAAAAAUCCUUAUCCAGGAUAUCUGGGCAAGAGGAACGGACUGGGAUGCGGCGAUUCCAGAGGAUUUCGAAGAAGCUUUCUCCUGUGCGGCAUACUUACGGUUGGAAGUCAACAGUGUGGCACAAGUGGUACUCAUCGGUUCAAAGACGAAGGUAGCCCCACUGAAAACCAUUUCUAUCCCUCGACUCGAACUGAAAGCCGCAGUCCUUGGCACUCGCCUGUUGGAAACUCUUCAAUCCUACCAUAGCCUACCGAUCUCCCGGAGAUUCCUUUGGAGCGAUUCGAGUACCGUACUCUCCUGGAUUCGCUCCGACCAUCGCAGAUACAACAAAUUCGUUGCCGUCCGCAUUGGUGAAAUCCUAACGGUAACUAAUCCCACAGAGUGGAGGUGGAUACCGACUAAAUUGAACGUUGCGGACCAAGCAACAAAGUGGAGUAAUGGCCCCCAGCUUUCAAUGGAGAACCCCUGGUUUCGAGGACCAAACUUCUUGUUUGAACCCGAAGAUUCGUGGCCAAUACAGCGUCAAGCUAACCCGACAAAGGAAGAGCUCCGCUCGAUAAUAGUACUGUGCCAUCUUACGUCUCAGGUAGACCUUCCGAUCGAAAUUCAUCGGUUCAACUCGUGGUCGAAGCUUCAGCGAUCUGUGGCGUUUGUGUUUCGCUAUGUGAACAAUUGCCGCCGAAAAAGGAAACGGGAAAGUCUGCAGCUGGGAGUACUCACCCAAGUCGAACUGGAACAAGCUGAGGAACUUCUAUGGAGAAUUGCGCCGAAGCAGGCCUUCCCGGAAGAAUUAUCCAUUCUUGGACGGUCGCAAGGGAAGCCUGAGGAUCACCAUCAUACCGUUCAGAAAUCAAGCUGCAUCUACAAACUGUGGCCGUUCAUGGAUCAUCGUGGAAUCUUGAGGAUGCGUGGCAGGAUUAGUGCAGCUCCCUACACAUCGGCAGUACACUUGGAAGUGGUGCACUCUCUUAGCACGGAGUCGUGUAUUAUGGCCGUACGCCGUUUCGUAUCUCGAAGAGGCCCUCCGAGAGAAUUCUACACGGACAACGGCACAUGCUUCCAGGGUGCGAGCCGGGAACUAAAGGAAGAAAUGAAACGUAGAAACGAAGCCCUGGCAUUGACCUUCACAAGUGCGGAGACCAGCUGGAAAUUCAUACCACCUGCAGCACCACAUAUGGGUGGUGUUUGGGAACGACUUGUUCGAUCGGUGAAAGUGGCGACGGGGGCAAUUUUGGAUGCAGCACGUAAGCCGGACGAUGAGACUCUGGAAACUGUUCUACUAGAAGCAGAAGCGAUGAUCAACUGCAGGCCGCUAACGUUCAUACCACUGGAGUCGGCUGAUCAAGAGGCUCUGACGCCAAACCACUUUUUGUUGGGAAGUUCCUCUGGGGUCAAGAUACUACCUACAGCCCCGGUAGAUGGUCGAUCGGUACUUAGAAGCAGCUGGAAGUUGGCGCAGUUCAUCACGGAAGAAUUCUGGAGACGAUGGAUAAAAGAAUAUCUACCAGUGAUUAGACGAAGGUGCAAAUGGUUCGAGGAGACGAAGGAUCUUGCUGUUGGUGAUCUCGUGAUGGUGGUCGACUGCUCAACAAGAAACCGUUGGUUACGGGGCCGUGUACAACAAGUGUUCCCGGGUAAGGACGGAAGAGUACGCCAAGCUUUGGUACGCACAGCAACGGGAGUUCUUCGAAGACCAGCGGUCAAACUAGCUAUAUUGGACGUCGCGAAUUCUUGUAAACCGGACCUGAUGUGUUCCGAAAGUCCAGCAGAUCACCAAGGUUUACGGGCGGGGGUAUGUGGCGACGGACCCCCCGUUGCGGCGGCGCUUACUGAACCAAAACGCUUCGCUUCUUCGCUUCGUGCUGAUGACGGACACGUCAACGACGAUGACUGA